CUCAGUUAAGUUGGGCCCAGAUUCUUUAUUUAAGUUAUUUUGUAUUGCUUUUGAGCCUUUGUUAACCCUUUUCACACAAUUAAAUGGAAGAACCUUUUCAAAUUUUGAACACCUUUUGUCCUUAUUUAAGUUUGGUCCCUCACAGUUGGUGUCAGAAGUGGGGUCCAAUCAGUUAAGGACAUUGGUGUAUUUUUUUUUCUUCCCCUUACCUCUAUACAUUUUUGAAUUGACAACUUUUUGUUGUUUUUUUUCUCUGUCCACCUUCUCUGAGAGGAACAGUUGCCAGAAAUGCCUGGAAGGGGAAGAGGAAGAACAAGAGGACCAAGUUCUGAGCCAGAUGAAAAAGAGACUGCUGAGGAAAAUGGAGCUGUUGGUGGAGUAUGUGACAUAGAAGAGGGGAGUGAACCAACAUUAACCGACUUGGCUAAUCUUCUCAGAGCCCAUAUUGGACAACAAAAAGCCAAGGAGGACUACUGGAUCAGAGAAGCUGCAAAACAAGACCAGAAAUUUGAGGAACUGGAAAAGCAGUUCAGCUUGCUUAAAAGGGAGACUCAACAACAGACCCCUCCCCCACUGUGGCCUACACAGCAACCAGACCCUGGAAUAGCAGCUUCACAGCAACAUGGUGUAUCAGGUGAACUUCUCUAUGCACAUUCUCAGGUUUCUAAGACACCUAAAUUACAAAAACUUAGUGAAGAUGACAUUGAACAUUUUCUCAUCACUUUUGAAAGAAUGGCUUCUGCCUGCCAAUGGCCAAGAACUGACUGGGCCUUUCACUUAAUACCUCUGCUAACAGGCAAAGCUAGAAGUGCUUUUGUACAUAUGGAUGUUGAUUCAUCAAUGAAUUAUGACCAAGUCAAACUAGCUAUUUUACAGAAGUAUGAUAUCAACAGUGAAACCUACAGGCAAAGAUUCCGUUCUCUUCAGGUGGAGCCUGAAGAAACCCCAAAAGAGCUCUAUACAAGGUUAAAAGAGCUGUAUGGAAAAUGGGUGCAACCUAAGGGUAAAACAGUUGAACAAAUCAAUGAAAUUAUGAUUCUUGAGCAGUAUUUGAGAAUGUUGUCACCAGAAUUACAGGUGUGGAUAAAAGAGCAUAACCCGAAGACUGCAAAGGAGGCGGCUGAACUUGCUGAUGUUUUUGUGGCUGCAAGGAGGAAGAACUCAUCUUGGGCUUUACAAAGCUGGAAAAAGGAUGACCACAGGCAGCCUUUAGCCCAACAGGUUUCAGCUGUGGGUAAGCUCCCUGUAAAAAGAUUUGACUCAAAGUUUCAGAGGAAAAAGCCUGUCUGUUACUUAUGUGGACAGGAGGGUCACACCAAACCAAUGUGCCCUCAAAAUGCUGUUAAACUGUCCCAGAUGUGUUUUGUGCCCAGGGAAGAGACUCUAAAGCCUGGAGCAAUGCAGCCAUUUAUGGAGACCUUUUUGGAACUCAACGGUCAGGUACUGAAGGCUCUGAUUGAUACAGGGAGCACACAGACCUUGGUCCAGCAAAGAUGAGGGAGAAGCUGGAGAAGAUGACGACGUUGGCCCAUGAGCACAUGAAGAAAUCUCAGCAUAAACAAAAGGCCUGGUAUGACUCUGCUGCCCGGGAGAGGGGGUUCCAGCCUGGCCAAAAAGUGCUUGUUAUGCUACCUUCAGAGGAUAGCAAGCUGCUAGCCAAGUGGCAAGGGCCUUAUGAGGUAACAGAGAAACUGGGACCAACAACCUACAAAGUCUCUGUUCCGGGUCAAAGCCGUUCUACUCGGAUUCUUCAUGUGAACCUCCUUAAAGAGUGGGUGUCCAGGGACCAAGAGAAAUCUGCCUCUUUCUACAUACGGAGUACAGAAGAUGAGGAAACUGAGGAGCAAUAUUUCCCUGUUUCUUCACCCUCCCAGCCUAGUUUGG